CCUGAACCUGAACCUGAACCUGAACCUGAACCUGAACCUGAACCUGAACCUGAACCCAGCUGUGUGUCCAUGAAGAGUGACUGGUCCAUGGAGACACCGCUACUUUAAAAAAGGAGGCGACCUGUAAGGGACAGGCCAAUUAAAAUGGAGGAGAUGAGAAGGAAGAGGCAAGGACAGAAGGAAAGGGAGGAACAUAUUGAAAUAAAGAGCCGAAGACCAAGAGUGGACCAGGAGAUCUCAGAAAUUCCCAGUGGUCAGUCUGCCCAGCAGCAUCAAACACACAUGGACUCCAUAUGUGUGGGACAAAAGAUGGAAACACCUCAAGAAGUCGUCUUAACAACUUUAGAAGACUUGGGAGCUGAGGACUUUGAAAAAUUUAAGUGGUACCUGCAGCAGAAAGGGACCCUAAAGAAAUUCCCUGCAAUCCGAAAGAGUAAACUGGAGAAUGUAAACAGGCUGAACACAGUGGAUAUGAUGUUCCAGACCUACAGUAUAAACACUAUUAAUGUGACCAGAAUAGUUUUAGUGAAGAUUGAUCAAAAUGCUUUAGUGGAGAAUUUAUCAAACAUCGUCUAUGAACCUGCAGAGAUUCUUGCUGCGUGCCAGCGAAAAGUCAAAUCCAACUUACAUAAGACAUUCCAGCUUGUGUUUGAGGGGAUUGCUAAAGCUGCAAACAAAACCCUUCUGAAUCAGAUGUUCACAGAGAUCUACAUCACAAAGGGAGGGGUCAAUGAUGAACAUGAGGUCAGACAGAUUGAAACAGUAUCCAGGAAACCAGACGGACCAGAAACAACAAUCAGACGAGAAGACAUCUUUAAAACCCCACCUGGAAGAAAUGAAUCAAUCAGAACAGUGAUGACAAAGGGAGUGGCUGGCAUCGGGAAAACAGUCUUAACACAGAAGUUCACUCUGGACUGGGCUGAAGACAAAGCCAACCAGGAAAUCCAGUUCACAUUUCCAUUCACCUUCAGAGAGCUGAAUGUGCUGAAAGAGGACAAGUACAGCUUGGUGGAACUUGUCCAUUUGUUCUUUAGUGAAACCAAAGAAGCAGGAAUCUGCAGGUUUGAAGAGUUCCCGGUUGUGUUCAUCUUUGACGGUCUGGAUGAGUGUCGACUUCCUCUGGACUUCCUCAACACUAAAAUCCUGACUGAUGUUACAGAGUCCACCUCAGUGGGUGUGCUGCUGACAAACCUCAUCAGGGGGAAUCUGCUUCCCUCUGCUCGCCUCUGGAUAACCACACGACCUGCUGCAGCCAAUCAGAUCCCUCCUGAGUGUGUUGACAUGUUGACAGAGGUCAGAGGGUUCACUGACCCACAGAAGGAGGAGUACUUCAGGAAGAGAUUCAGAGAUGAGGAGCAGGCCAGCAGAAUCAUCUCCCACAUCAAGAAAUCACGAAGCCUCCACAUCAUGUGCCACAUCCCAGUCUUCUGCUGGAUCACUGCUACAGUUCUGGAGGACAUGUUGAAGACCAGAGAGGGAGGGGAGCUGCCCAAGACCCUGACUGAGAUGUACAUCCACUUCCUGGUGGUUCAGUCCAAAGUGAAGAACAUCAAGUAUGAUGGAGGAGCUGGUUCGGAUUCACCCUGGAGUCCAGAGAGCAGGAAAAUGAUCGAGUCUCUGCGAAAACUGGCCUUUGAGCAGCUUCAGAAAGGCAACCUGAUCUUCUAUGAAUCAGACCUGACAGAGUGUGGCAUCGAUGUCACAGCAGCCUCAGUGUACUCAGGAGUGUUCACACAGAUCUUUAAAGAGGAGAGAGGACUGUACCAGGACAAGGUGUUCUGCUUCGUCCAUCUGAGUGUUCAGGAGUUUCUGGCUGCUCUUCAUGUCCAUCUGACAUUCACCAACUCUGGAGUCAGCCUGCUGUCAGGAAAACAAACAACAUCGUGGUGGUCUGAAAUGUUCAGAGACAAAUCAACAUGUUUCUACCAGAGUGCUGUGAACAAGGCCUUACAGAGUCCAAAUGGACACCUGGACUUGUUCCUCCGCUUCCUCCUGGGUCUUUCACUGCAGACCAAUCAGAAUCUCCUACGAGGCCUGAUGACACAGACAGGAAGUAGCUCACAGACCAAUCAGGAAACAGUGGAAUACAUCAAGAAGAAGAUCAAUGACAAUCUGUCUGCAGAGAGAAGCAUCAAUCUGUUCCACUGUCUGAAUGAACUGAAUGAUCAUUCUCUAGUAGAGGAGAUCCAACAGUCCCUGAGUUCAGGAAGUCUCUCCACAGAUAAACUGUCUCCUGCUCAGUGGUAAGCUCUGGUCUUCAUCUUACUGUCAUCAGAAGAAGAUCUGGACGUGUUUGACCUGAAGAAAUACUCUGCUUCAGAGGAGGCUCUUCUGAGGCUGCUGCCAGUGGUCAAAGCCUCCAACAAAGCUCUACUGAGUGACUGUAAUCUGUCAGAGAGAAGCUGUGAAGCUCUGUCCUCAGUUCUCAUCUCCCAGUCCUCUAGUCUGAGAGAGUUGGAUCUGAGUAACAACAACCUGCAUGAUUCAGGAGGGAAGUUGAUCUCUGUUGGAGUGAAGAGUCCACACUGCACACUGGAGACUCUCAGUCUGUCAGGGUGUCUGAUCUCUGAGGAAGGCUGUUCUUCUCUGGUCUCAGCUCUGAGCUCCAACCCCUCCCAUCUGAGAGAACUGGACCUGAGCUACAAUCAUCCAGGAGACUCAGGAGUGAAACUACUGUCAGCGGGACUGAAGGAUCCUCUCUGGAGACUGGACACUCUCAGAUUCCUGUGAACUCACACUUGACACAAACACAGUACACAGAG